CUCUUCCUCGUGCCGGUGGCGGAAGCGCGCGGAGGGGUGUGGGGGGGGUGUGUCUGCCCGCAGGAUGCUGGCGUGGGGCCGGCAGCUCCUGCGCUGCUGGAAGCCGCUUUUCACCGGCCGCUUGCUGCUGCUGACCAACACGGCGAGCUGCGGCGCGCUGCUGGCCGCCGGCGACACCCUGCAGCAGGCCUGGCACCGCCGGCGGCACCCCGACACCCAGCCCCAGCUGGCCCGCACAGGACGCAUGUUCGUCGUCGGCUGCAGCAUGGGCCCGCUGAUGCAUUACUGGUACCUCUGGCUGGACGCUGCUUUCCCGGCCCGGGGCGUGCGGGGGCUGAAAACCGUCCUGAAAAAAGUCCUUAUCGACCAGCUGGUGGCAUCGCCCGUCCUGGGCGCCUGGUAUUUCUUCGGCAUGGGCACACUGGAGGGCCAGUCCCUAGAGGAGAGCUGGGAGGAGCUGAAGGAGAAAUUUUGGGAGUUUUACAAGGCUGACUGGUGCAUCUGGCCGGUGGCUCAACUCAUGAAUUUCCUCUUCGUCCCGCCCAAGUACCGGGUGGUUUACGUCAACGUGAUCACGCUGGGCUGGGACACCUACCUCUCCUACCUCAAACACAGGCAGCCCCCCGAGCGCCAAGGAUGAGUCGCUGCGCGAGAGCCAGCGCAGUGUCGGGGCGUAAGGAGGCGACAGCGGCUCCCGGCGACAUUUUCCAGGGCUCCUACGAGCGGUUUUCUUGCCGUCGUGGCUCAACCCACCCAACGAAAGCGACGCUGGGAGCCUGCUGCCACCACCACCUGCAGCUUGGGCAAAUCUUUGCCAGUUAACUCAUCUGCUGAUUACAGUGAUGGGGCUGGGGUAUUUUUAACCAAUCUCCUGUCAUGGGCUAGCCUGUAAAAUGAUUUCUUUUUGUAUUCCUCCACAGAGCCCGCGCUGCCAGGGCAGCAAGGGGCUGCGGCAGCUCUGCUUUGCCUUCAGUGCCCCGGGCAAGGGCCCCAGGGCUCUCCCCUCUGCUGCAGCCAGGGUUUGGGGUUUUUUUCCCCAUUUUUCAGGGCAAGGCUGGCCCCUUGCUCCCCUCCAACACUCUCCUCUGCUAUUCUGCAGAACCAGCGACGUGGGGCCCUGCCCCGCAGCUGCUUGGCACAGAGAUGCUGCCCCUCCGCUCCCAGUACAGCUCCUCAGCCCUUUCCCUGUUGCUUUUUUGUCUUCAAGCUGAAGGGAAGAAGUCACUCAGCUUCCCCUCCCUCUCUCCGCCGACCUCGGCUUCUUUUCAUUCCACCUUGCACUCCCUCCCUCCUCAGCACCGUGCGUGGGCUCUGCUGGGCUGGGCUGCAGCCACCCAGUUUUUAUAAAAAUAGCGGUGCGAUCGCUGCCACCUGCUCACCGCCACGCUUGACAGCGGCAGAGUCGACACAGAGGCGGUUGAGGGGUUUUUAAGGCAAAGUUUUUUGCAGGAUUUGGACCGUGGCAUCCCUCUCAUCCCAGCCCAGCAGCUCCCUGGGGAAACUGGACACUCGCUCCAAAACCUGCAAACUUAUUUAUUUCCAGCAGCGCUGAAAAACUGCCUAAAUAGGAUUUUUCUAAAGCUUAAAGCCGUGCCUUACUUCCAGCUCUGUCCUUGCCCCUCCUGCCACACACCCCUGAGGGGACAGCAGCCCUCCCACCACAGCAAGCCGAGCUGCUGAGCCGAGCUGCUGAGCCGAGCUGCUGAGCCACGGCAGGAGCCAUUUGGUGAAUGCUAAUUAAGAAACCAGAUCGCUUUUGCUUCUCUCCGGCAACGAGCUCACCAGCGCAGGGCUGAGGAGAGCCGAGGUUAUCGACGGCGAGCAAAGGGGCCCAUCCUGCUGCCCCCUCUCCACCUGCAAUGACCCCGAGGGACCGGUGAUCAGCAUUGAUUUAUUUCUUCACAACAUUUCUUUAAUACAGUGAUUUUUAGGAAAUUGUA